AUGGCUUCAUCAUCAUCAUCUUCAAAGAGGCACCCGCUGUACCACGGAAUCAGGUGUCGAGGAGGAAAAUGGGUCUCCGAAAUCCGGCAGCCACGUAAGGCUUCAAGAAUAUGGCUGGGGACGUUCCCCACGGCUGAGAUGGCGGCUGCCGCCUACGACGUUGCCGCAUUAGCACUCAAAGGCGACAGCGCCGUUCUCAACCUUCCUGAGUCAGCUGGAAAGUACCAAAUUCCUGUAACUAACUCCCCUGAUGACAUCCGCAGGGCUGCCACUGCUGCUGCCGCUUUGAUGAAGAAGAACCCUCAAGAACCCAUCACCACUCCUCACAUUAUUACUGUUAAUAAUAAUGAUAAUAACACUCUUGUUGAUGGUAUUAACAACAACCAUAUUAUUAAUUCGUCAUCAUGGUAUGAGGAUAAUGAUUUCAUGGACGAGGAAGCUAUAUUCCGCAUGCCAAGUUUGCUGGUGGAUAUGGCUGAGGGCAUGCUUCUGUCGCCGCCGAGAAUAAUACUCAGCCCAUCUCCGCCAUCGUACAACUCCGGUGACGGAGGUGACACUUUGUGGAGUUACUUUUGA